UUUCAACUGGGCAUGCGCGAAAGGGUCGCAUAGAAACCAUUUAGUACACAUGGUUAUCGAUUUCUAGCGUUUCGUUUCGUCUACAACAGCAUUAUGAGCAAAUCAAAGGCGGCCGCGCGUGAUAAGCUUUCUUCAAUGGCGGCAGUCAUUCCACAGGCGCCUCCAGUGAGAGAAAUCGUUCCUGGACGUUUCACAGAGAAGGAUUGGAGAGAGAUGAUUAAUGAUGAGAUAGAUGUGGAUGUGAUGGCGUCCAUUCUAGACGAAGUGGUGGCGAAAGCUUGGGGUAUUCUCUAUCAGAAAGCUAUAGAAAAGGCACUCUGGCCAUAUACUGCUGAUUGGGUACGAGACACUGUUGAAACUAUUGUGGAGUGGCAAUUUCUGGAAAGAGAUGAAGGCGAAACUGAUACUCAUUUGGAUCCUAACUGGAUAGAAGACGAAGAACCUGUUCCUGCAGAAAUUGACACGUGGGCUCGUGGUGCUGUGCCAAAGACGAAAGUAAUGCUAUCUCGGUCUAAAACUCCUCAAAUACAAACAGAUGAGACACAACCGGAAGUAGAAAAACUUGUUGAAGAAAUUGUUCAACCUUCUGAGGACAAGUCUGAUGAGACUCCAAUCAUUGUUCCCAUCCAAUCUCUACCUCCUCUUUCCUCAAAUUUGAAUUCAAGCGUUCCGAGACAAAGAAAGAAGAAAGUUACAAAGGUUGCCAAACAGAAAGAGAAAGUUGAUGUGUCUGAAGGGGACACAGUGGACCAGGCAACUGAAACGGCAACUCAAAUUACCGUUCUUGAACGUAGAGCAAAUGAUCCACUUCAUGCGUCAUCGUCAAUACUAAGAGCUCAGCGUGGUCGACCACCUGGUAGAAAGGACGUUAUUUAUGACGGCAAAGGCAAUGUAACGCAGGCUGUUCGACUACACCCAGCAAACUUCCCAUCUCACAGGGCAAGAACACGAUUUGCUGUUGUGGAUAAGGCCAACACACAAUUUGACAAGUCAUCAAGAGCGGCUUUAUAUCGCCCAGUUCCUCCUCAAUUGAGUCGCAAACCGCCAGAGAGAAGAAUCAGAUUUAAAGGAAGACAGCAGAUCGACUCGCCACAAGAACCGGCUCCACUUUCAGUUAGCCUGAUUGAUUCGAUCAGCCUUUCAGCCGGUGUUGUCAUCAGAGAAGGUGGCCGAACCAAGGAAGGAGCCAAGACGACGUCCGACUCCAUUUCAGGCGCCACGUUUCCUCUACAACCAAUCGCACCAUUAUAUCCCAAAGAUCUCACUGAUCCUGGUUACGUAUCUAGUGGCUCAUUUAUAAUCAGACCGGUUGCUAGUGUGCCUGUUAGCAUGCCAGACAGACGGCCAAUUCCGCCGAUUGCCAAUAGCAAUCGGCAUCAGAACGUAUCGACGUAGUUUGCACUUGUAAUCACAAGACCAUUAAAUGAUAAUACAUGGCAAAUGCUUGA